CUGUAGCUCCGCCCCGCUAGACUGCCCCGUCGUUGUAACACAACGUAUCUCAACAGUCCACUGACGCCAGCGUCAAGUGACCGGAACUAAGCACAGACAGGAAACGGGUUACAUUUUUUUUUUUUAUUCCAUAAUUGUUUUCUUUUCCUGUUCUUGAACGCGUGUCUGACAGAGCAGAGCCUGAGGUAUCUCAGAUUAUCAUAUAGUACUGAAAUUGUUGUUGUCAUUUAUUGCAUAUUUUCAGUCCGGGUUUUGGCUAAUUUAAAAUUUUUUGUUUCAUUUGUGUUCUCUGGGCCAAUUUCGAUAAAAAGCACAGGUAUUUGGGGUAUCUAUACUUUAAUUCUACUUUAAUCCUUUUUAAAGAUAAUGUAAGACAAGAUAAACUUCAUUGCUGUUAAGAUUUAAACAUGUUUUAGACUCUGUGAAGCUCUUUGAAUGGGUUUCUGUGUCCUCCAGUCCCUGUUUUAACAUUUAUAUUAGAAUAUAUUCUAUUCAACGUUUAUUUCCCUGCUUACAUUUUAACAUAAUGCAUCAUUUCAUCUGUGUAUGCCUGCCCCAGAGAUACUCUAAGAGUAUUUUAAUAUUUAUCAUUUAUUUAUUUAUUUUUUUAAUUGAAUGUUUAUUUUUUAUUUAUUAAUAUUAUUUAUUCUAGAGGAUUGUAGAGAUAAACUGUGCUUAUUUUAGUUUUCUUAGAGUUUAUUCUGUUAAUAUAUAUCUUAUGAUUGCCAGCCCUAUAUUACUUCAACGACAAAGAAGGCUUUAUUUUGAAAGGUUUGGCCGGAUGUGAGGUCUGUCAGUGUGUCCGGCUUUAGUUGUGAUCGGGUUUACACUCCCUCAGCAUUCAUGUGUUAAGAUAACAAUCGGACAAACGAGCUUCCUGAAAGGUGUAUGAAACCAGCGCGGUACCGGAGCUGCUGAUAAACGUGUUUCUGGUUUCUAGAAUCACUCACAGGGUUAGAUGGGGUUAAAUAAACCUGUUUAAACUGUAAAACGAUCUGAGCGUCGUUUCACCCGGAGUCAGCAGUCAAUGAUUUUUUGUUACCCGAAGUUGGGGAUCGACCUCCCAACUCAGGAUAUCGGAUCAUCCGGGGAGUCCGUGAAGGCGGCAUCAUUGACUUCAGGUUAGGACUCCCGUUGGAGUAACCGGAGGAAAACGGCUGGAUCUACCGUCAAAACUCCGAGGAAAACCACCUGAAAUCAGCCGGGAAAACCAAACUCUGGGGAAUAUUAGUGGCGCUUGACUGCGGAUAAGAAGGGUAUCGAUCUUUCUGGAUGAGCUGAUUGAUCGUGGAGAGUGUGUUGUCGUUGGGAGAGCUCUCUCUCUCUCAGUCACAGGUUGCUAGCGGAGUUACGGCUAACCUCGCUAGCAGAGUAGGCUAGCUGCGGUUAGCUGUGUUUCCCUCUCACGGGUUUUUAGCAGCUGAACUUUAGAAGAGCUCUCCGACAUUUCCAGACGGUGUGCUCUGUGCUUCAGUCAUGAUGUGGGCUGUUCUCGGAGGUUUAUGGUGCUGGCCGGCUGGUAGCAUCGGCUGACUGAAGCCUAACUGUGGGUUUUUCUUCUGCUGGUUUUGGCUCUUCUUUUUUUAAAGGUGGACUUUAACCUCGGGGUGGUGUAACUCUCCUCUCUCCAAUAAAUAAAAAAGGCCCUGUCGGUUCUUCUGCUGGAGUUUUCCUGAACUUGGUGGGAGUUUUUCUCGGCAGGAGGACGGAGGGUAAAAGUUUGGGAAGUUGAAGAGGAUUUUUCCGAGCCUGUGGAAAAAUGGAUGCGGGAAUAGAGAAGGAAUGCAGCGCCUUGGGAGGGCUCUUCCAGCUCAUCAUGAACGACAUGAAGGCCAGCUAUCCCACAUGGGAGGACUUUGUGACCAAAGGGGCCAAGCUCCAGUCCCAGCUCAGGACCACCAUCAUGGUGACCGGAGCCUUCCUCGAUGCUUUCCAGAAGGUGGCAGACAUGGCCACGGGGACCAGAGGAGCCACCAAAGAGAUCGGCUCAGCGCUGACCAGGAUGUGUAUGAGACAUCGCAGCAUCGAGUCCAAACUCAAACUCUUCACCACAGCUCUGUCAGAAAGUCUCAUCACACCGCUGGAGUUAAAGAUGGAGGAGUGGAAAAAAGGGGCGAGUCAGCUGGACAAAGAUCACGCUAAAGAGUAUAAAAAGGCCAGAGCAGACAUCAAGAAGAAAUCCUCCGACACCAUCAAACUGCAGAAGAAGGUGAAGAAAGGGAAGGAUGAGGCUCGGGGGCAGCUGGACAGCGCCCUGCAGGACGUGAAUGUGCGUUACGCCGUCCUGGAGGAGACGGAGAAACGGGCCGUGUGCCGAGCACUGAUUGAAGAACGAGCGCGGUACUGCAGCUUCGUCAGCAUGCUAAAACCCGUGCUGGACCAUGAGAUCAACAUGCUGGGGGAGGUGACACACCUGCAGACUAUUCUGGAAGAUCUGACCAGCCUGACAGCUGAGCCCAACAAACUCCCAGCAGCCAGUGAGCAGGUGAUUUUGGACCUGAAAGGUUCCGACUUUAACUACAGCUAUCAGACUCCUCCGGCUUCUCCCAGCAACACUCUGUCCAGGAAGAGCAGCAUCAGCAGUAACUACCAGUCUGGAUCAGUGAGACACGUUCCCUCUUUGGACUCCAUCAGCUGUGCCGUGGAUGGAGUUCAUAUCCAGGAUGCAGUUGGCUCCACCAAUCAGCUCGCAGCUGGAGGGUCGGAGAACGGCCUGUUAGCCCCUCCACACAACGCCUACACACACCAGGGAGAGAGAGCCCGGACCCUGUCAGCGUCUGGGAAGUCUUGCUCAGCCCGGGAUCAGCUGGCGUUGACGCUGGGUGCGUUGAAUUCAGAUGGCCAGAGGAGCAGCAGAGACUCUCUGCACUGCUCCAGCGGCUACAGCACCCAGACCACCACCCCGUCCUGUUCUGAGGAUACCAUCCACACCCACAUCGACUACGAGUCCAUCUCUCUCCACGGAGACGCCGAUUCCAUCUCCCUACAUCACCUCUCCCACGGCAACAGCCAAUCAGACUUCGACAAAUCCUCCACCAUCCCCAGGAACUCUGACCUUAGCUUCCAGUACAGGAAGUUUGCUCAGUCCAAACGCCCUGCCUCUACUGUCAGCUUACUGGCUGAACCAGAAAAGAUAGGCGGGUCGGUCCGCCAGCUGCCGUCGCACACGGCGACCAUCAGACGGAAACCGUCGUCCAAACCGGCGUAUCGUAGAGGAACGAUCAGCGGAGGAGUCCCCAUCCCCAUCUCCACCCCACAGGUUCCCCUCAAAGCUCUCGGAGGAAACGGCGGCAGUGAUGAGAAUGUUUAUGCGGCGCCUCCUGCUGGAGGAGCAGGAGGUUUAGGUUACAGUAAACUCUGCACCUCCACUCAGAGCCUCAGUGCCUUACCUCCCUCCUCCUCCACAUCCCCGUACUACCAGCUGGUCCCGGGACAGAUGCCCAUCCCAGUGCCUGUGCCAACGGUCCCCUCCCUGCCACCAGAGGGCAGCAACGCCAAGCAGCAGCAGCAAAGACAGUACCAGCAGCAGCAAAUCAAACCCCAACUAAACUAUCAGCAACAACACGGCCAGAUCCAGCAACAAAUCCUGAUCCAGCCGCAGCUGCAGCAAUACCAACAUCAGCAACAAGCACCGCAACAGUUUCAGCAACACUUUCAGCAACUGCAGCAACCGUUCCAACAUCAGCACCAGCAGCCGCAGCAGCCGCACUACCAACAGGAGCUGCAGCAGCAGCCGCACUACCAACAGGAGCUGCAGCAGCAGCCACACUACCAACAGGAGCUGCAGCAGCAGCAGAAACAGAAGCUCUUCCUGCAGCAACACCAGGCAGAGGUCGCCUCCUCUGGUCCCAAGGCAGAGCCCUCUAAUCUGGGCUACGGCCAGCCCCAGCCCCCUCUACCCUCCUGCCAGGACCAGGACCAGGAGCAGCUGACCCAGGGAGGCGGAUCAAACAUGCUGAGCCAGAUCAGGGCAGUGCGGCUGAAAAGGACCCUUACUAACGAUCGCUCCGCCCCCGUCCUGCCCACCCCGACCAAUCACAAAUGAGGCUGGAAGAUAGUUCUUUUUUGUUCUCCCUGCUGGAUAACUUUAUUGACAGACUUAAGACUGAAACUCGACGCGUGUCUUAUCCUCUGCUUCCUUUUAGCUUUUGUUUGAAACAUUUUCAGACUUCCUCGUCUUUCUGCAGCAACCAUCUUUGGCCUUUUUUGUUCCUGUUUGCUUUUUGAUUGUGCAUAAAGUUUUAGUCUGACCCGGUCUUCUUAGAACUGUCGUUUUAGUUAGAGAUGACUUCUGCAGCACGCUUUACAUUCUGGGUGUGUUUGAUUUACCUGCCUGUCCUCCCAGCAGGGUGGCGUUUAGUUCUACUCUAGUCCAGCAGCUUCUCUGUGGUUGAGCCAUGGUGUGUGUGCUGGCUGUGGGUCCGUGUGUGUGCUGGUGGUCUCAGAGAGUCAGGGACUAGCAGACUCUCCGCUGUAGGUUGUAAAUAUGUUAGAACAAAUGCUUGGGGAGCAGCUUUACAGGAGGAAUAUUUGACUUUUUCUUUAAUGUUUGAACCAUAGCUGAGUCAAAGCUAGAGAUGCAGAUCACAGCCUGGUCCAAAAAGAACCUGGUUCUACAUUUGAAGAAGUUCGGGUUUAUUAAUACUGCGUUUGAGUCUAGUAAGUCCUUUAGAGCUCAGUUCAGACGUUCUGGGACGUUUAUGAAGAUGAAGAUGUAUGGUUUUAUCCAAUAGCUUCUCCUUUUUUAAAGAUAAUUUUGGAGCUUUUAUUUUGACAGGACAGCUGAAGAGACAGGAAGUAAGGAGAGGAGAGAAUGGGGGAAGAAAUGUGCUGAGACCUCUGGUGAGCUCUGCUAAUGAGUUCUACACCAGAACCCUACGAGAACAUUCUAGCAGCCUUUAAGUUCUAUUUCACAUUUAUCUGCAUCAGACUUUGACUGGAGCCAUGUUCUUAAACGUCUCUUUGGUCUGAACUGGCUUUUUUAACAUCUAAUCCUGAGUAGAGUCACGUGAUUAAAAUCAGGAAGUAAAAGUCUUGAUAGCUCCGCCCAUAAGGACUGGAGUCACUAAAAAUAUCAGCGAAGGCGUUAUCACGAUCCUUAUCUCUAGCACGACUUUAACUCCUUCAUGUUGGAAUCGUUUCCUCUGGGAUGCUGAAUGGUGCGGCCGCUCCGAACGCUCCAGGAUUAAAGCUGUUACUAUGGUGACGCGUCGAUGUGAGAUCAAAACAGGAAGAGGAGAGAGCCGGUCAGAGCUGUUAGUGUCACUCUAACAAUAAAUCCUCCUUCAUUACAUCUAAAGAAGCUCAGGUUUGACUCUGUUGAUCCUCCAGCAUCGUUCUCUCUCUGCUUUUAGAAAACUCAAAGACAAAAAAGAGACUUUAACCCUUUAGACUCCAUCAGUAGAGGCUCUGCAGCUUCAGAAAGAGAACGGAGGCUCUACUGAUGGAUUCUGUUGGACUUUUUGGAUCCUGCUCUCCAAAGAAAGACUGAACUUCAAACAUUUCAACCACAGCUCCUCUCUGAGUUUGGCUGCUUUGUCUUUAUUUCUCUGCAGCUUUAGGCUGAGCCUCAGUAGCUGGCUCUAUUGUCCAUGCUCUGCCAAGUUUGUCAUUUCCUCUUUUUUUUUUGAGCUGAACUUUUUCCUCUUCUGUUUUUGUUGUUUAUUUCUGAUCAUAUCUGUAGAUCCUACAGAUCCUAACAUGUCUGAACGGGUGUUGGCAGAUGUGAUGAAUGCAGCAUUCUGGACUUCCCUUAACGUUAGGACCAAGGGCUGUAGCUUUUAUGGAGAACCUGGUCCUGGUUUCAGGUUUCUGGAAACUUUGAGGGUGAAAAACCAGGACCAGUCCUCCACAGAUAAAAGACUCGUUUUUGGGAUGAAAAUAUUAGGUUUUUGCAGAUAUUUUCUGGUUUAUUUAGGUGAUGCACAUGAUGAAGAGGAUGUCAGCUGGUAGUGUGACUUUACUCUUUUAGAUCUUCGUCUUUUUCGAAGACACACUCCUAGUUUUGAUUCAACUCUCCUGAGAUUACUGAGAUGAUUCUGUUUAUCUGGAGAUCUCAGAUUAAAAACACAGGUUUAUAGGAUAAUACUUGAGUAUUUUAGUUUCCCGCUGACUUCAGUGGAGGAGACUGAUGGUUCAGUCAGAUCGGGGUCAGUACCCAGUCUGGGUCCUGAACUCUUGGACCAGCUGCUGACCUGUCAGACGGACGUGUAUGUGGAUGAAAGCUAGAUAACCCUGAAACUUUAAGUCCAGAGUUUCCUCUGAGCUCUCAGCGACUCCUUCCCUCAGUGACCAAUCAAAAUCAAGAAGGGGAGGGACUUUAGAGGUCUCUGGUUCCCAGAGUCCCAGCAGCAGUAGCACAGGAGAACCAGAUCAGACUGGUCUGAGGCCAGGACAGGCUUCCUUUAUAUUUAUUUACAUUUCAUCCAUUAAAAUAAACGAUAAAACACGUUUGGAACAGAUUCUACAGAAAGGCAGGCUUGAACUUUAGUAACCUGGAAGCAUGAGACUGUGAGAUGAUGACCUUUGACCCUGUGGACAUGGGCAUUAAAAUAAAAGAUGAAAUAUUCCUCCAGUAAACUCUGGGCUCAUGUUUGAGGCUUCUAUGAUUGAGUUUUUAAUCUGAUAUUUAAACCAAGGGUCAGACCUAAAAACCAGUCCAGUCUUUGGGUCUUCAACAUUUCGGUUUCACUCAGGACUUUGGUGUUUCUCAAACUCUGGCUGCGGCCCCGCUGGAGGACUGGAGACGAUGAGCAGAGGCCAGCUGCAUGCUGGGAAAUGCAGUCCAGUCUCUGUUCAUCUUCUCCUGAUAUGUUUUUAGUGAAACUUCUUAUUUUUCUUCUGAUUCAUGCGUUAAUAUUGAUUGUAGAGACAGAAAUGUUGCCUUCUGAUCAGCUUCAUUGAUCGGUUGAUUGAUUGAGUGAUUUGACCGAUUCAGCCCCUCAGCAGCUCUGUGUGUAAAUAUUAGUGCUUCUUUUCCUGGGACAGAUCUAAAUCUCUAUAAAAUGUCUGUAUGCAUAUCCUGAUUGUAUUUUUGUUGAUUUAUUGAUCAGACGAUGUGAUCGAUGCUGCCGCCGGUCGUCACUCGUCGUAUUUUUGUAGAAAAGCUUUAAAGGGGACCCGCUGAACUUCCUGGCGUUUGAGGAGCUGAAAUCUGAUUGGAUGUCGGACUAUCAAUAGCGAACAAAAGACUGGAGAGACAAACGGAGGACUUGAAGCAGACGAAUGUAGAAAUGUUGUCGUUCUUUUGUUGUUCGCUGUGGGAUCAAUAAUAAUAAUGAUAACUGAUCA